GGCUGUAUCAGAUAAUGACUAGUCACCACAUAACGUCAGUUAAGUUUGAAAACAUGAUGUACAAAAUACAAAACCGGCCCCAUGUAUUCGGCUUUUCCAACAAACAAGUCUUCGCGGUAAUGUCGUUCGCGGUAAUGUCGCUGUAUCAUAUCAAUGAUUCAUUGGUGAUGAAGUUUAUUGGACGCGAGAACAAUAGAAGUGUUUAUGAUUCGCAUAACUGUGCAUUGAUGAAAACGUGUCUUCUACCCAGCCAAAAUUCAUCUAUUACCAAUUGGUAUAAUUCGUCAACACAUUCUGUAGAAUUUUGCAAAAUAUUCGAGAUUUUUGUCAGAAAUUUGCCAGACAAAACAGAAUUUUGUGAAACAUAGAAAAAUUAUCUAAGAAUCUCGAAUAUUUUGCAAAAUUGUGUGAAAUGUGUUGAUAAAUUACACUAAUUGGUAACAGAUGAAUUUUGACUGCGUUGAGGAUUAAAUUUCACCACUGCUGAGUCUUUUACAUAAGAAAAAAUUGCAGAUCACUAUACGUAGUCGCUCUUCAGCUAGUGUUGACAAAUACAAUAUAUAAAAGACGAUUUUUGUUUUAGAUAAUCAAUGUUAAUAUGGUAAACUCAACGAUCGCAGUCGACGAGUUUGAUUACGACAAGUUAGGUGAUACAAUAGGUACCAUUUGGUAUCCUAUUAUUUAUACAAUCGGUUUUUUUGGUAAUUUUUGUUCAUUAGCUACAUUUUCAACAAAAAAACUGCGACAAUUUUCUGGGUGCAUAUUUCUGUUACUAUUAUCAAUUAGUGAUAAUCUUUUUUUACUCACAACUUUGUGGUAUUUUCUUUAUGAUACAUUUAACAUUAAUUUAGAAGAUUAUUCAGUGUACCUAUGUCGAUCUCAUAUAUUUUUGGAUACGUUAUUAGCUGAUUUCUCAUCUUGGUGUAUCGCUGGAUUGUGUUGCGAUAAAUUUCUGAGAACACAAUUCAUAUUUCGUGCAAAAGAGAUAUGUACAUCAAAAAAUGCACUUAAAGCAAUGGGAAUUACAUUUGUAUUAUUAUGUUUGAUCAAUGGCCAUUAUUUGUCACCAACCCUGGGCCAAGAACGUUCAAAUGGAACCGAUGCACAUUGUUAUUUCAGUGCAAAUUCUGAUUAUUCUUAUUUUCUGACAUACAUUUGGCCUUGUAUAGACUCGUUGUUUUUCUGGUUUCUACCAGCAUUGAUAAUGAUAUUAGCAAAUAUAAAAGUUAUUUAUAAUUUAAAACGUGGAAAAAUCUCAUUAAGAAAUCAUCAAACAAAAACAUCAACUGAAAAACAAAUGAUAGUAAUAAUGUUUGUCAGUGUAAUUAUAUUUUUAAUUACAUGUGUCCCACUGGGAAUUCAUCGAGUUUAUUAUGAUUUGUAUGUUAUUGAUUUAAAAAAAAAGAACAGUAAACUCGUUCCAUUAUACAAAUUUCAGAAUAGAAUGUUACGAAAUUUUAAUUAUUUAAACUUUGUCAUUAAUUUUUAUUUAUAUUGUUUAACAAGCAAAGUGUUUCGAAAACAAUUCAUUCGUGUUAUACAUCGGUUACCAUGUCUCAAGGCAAAAACUCAAAUAUGGACUAGUGCAACAAGUACAAGAAGAACGACCAUGAGUAGUAUAACAACAGACAUAAGUAACCACAGUACAAUUUCAACUUCCAGUGACUAUACAAUAAAUAAGACAUUUCGCAGCUCACUCCAACCGUUUUGCGACGAAACGGAAGAAUUUUCUGAACCGGUUGCUAUCGUAACCAUUUGA